UUUUCCGCCUCCUCUUCCUCCACUGCUGAAAAACUUCACAGCCACGUAGCUGGCUCGCUAACGUCAACGGCAGCGACGUUAGCUGGCUAACCCGAGAAGAACACUCAAAGAAGGAUUAAAUAGACACCCUCCUGCCUUAACCUGCAGUAUUUUUGUUUACUGCUAUUGCCACUUCAACCAUCUAAUAUUUGCGUAGCUGGUUAGCUUAACGGUAAAGAGGAAACAUUACACCGUGAGAGUUAAACCCUGCGCCUAGCCCAAACUUGUUACCGAGCAAGUUACCGCAUUAUGGAGUCGGAUGAGACAGACUCUGAGUCUGUCCAGAGCCAAGUGAUGGAGACACACCAGAGUGAAAGUGCCCCGGCUGAGCUGGAGGAGGAAGCUGCUGAGGAGGCAGAUCCAACGGAACUGAAAAAUUGUAGUGUUGUGCUGGACCGUCUGGAAGCUGCAAAAAAAGAGCUUGAGGAGAAAGAAGACAUGAACCGCAAAGGUGGGAAACCUCUUUCUCGAAUCCCUACUUUCCAUAAACGACCUACUGGUGCCAGCCAGCACACGGAGCUGCCUGUUCCCAAAAAAGAUACCCCUGUCCAUGUAGCUCAGCCUCAUGUGAAAGCUGGAUAUGGAAUCGUGGAAGCCUCAAAGUCCAAACCGCCUGAUGCCAGAGAAACAGCACUCCCCCUGCCUUCAGUCCGAGCCCCCAAAAUUGGCUUCGAAGGCCCCUCUCCAUUCAUCAGCACUGAACAAGCCGCUGCGACUGUCCAUAGCGCUGUAAUUACUGCACCCAAGAGCUGGAGUUUGUCUGAGUCUGUGCAGCAUCCUUUUAUGACUGCAAGCCCCAGGCCUGCCCUAAGACCAGAACAAGGGUCAGAGCAAUACCUACCAGAGCAAAACUUGAGCAAAACCUCAGAAAUAGAAGCUGAUACCUUACCAGAUGGCCCUGUAAGUGACCUUCCUCAUAAGGGCUCCCUCAGCCAAACGCCACAAGAAGACACAGCAGGGAAGUAUGAUGCUGAGGCUAAAGGCAGGAUUACCCUCACUACCUCUGGAGACAAGGAAAAGUCUGACUCUCCAGAGGUUGCUCACACAGCUGAGGUCAGCCAAGUGGAUGCUAUCAUGGACGAAGAACCACCGUGGGAAAUGGAGCCAAUGAACAUUCUCGAAUUAAAGGACAGCAGAUCUUCAUCAGACGUUGAAUGUGAGGAGGAUUUGACAGAUGAGAAGCAUGAGCACCACAGUGUAGGAGAGGUGAAGGAUUACUAUGAACCACCUGUAAUCCAGUCAGAGUUUUCAAAACGUGAAGAGAAAAGAGCGGAUAUGGAUGAAUACACCUCUCCUGUAGCACCAGAGAAGCCCGCUAAAGUUAGAUCAACCAAGUCAACCACGCGCUCAGGAUGCUCCAGUUUUGCACUCUUCUGCUUCCUGCCCACCACCUUGCUGCUCCUCGGAGGGUUUGGUCAGCAUGUUUGGCACUACGGGCUUCCCAUGUCUGUGGCUCAGCUCACGACUCAGCUGGAGCUGCACUGGCUGGAGGGCUUUGGCUUAGUACCAGAGCCUUGUAGCACUGAUUGUCGGGUGCAUCUGGUGGAGAGCAUCCCCGUGGGACUCUACCAGUCUUCUCCCUUGUCCAGACGGAGCAUCGCAGACAGCUGGCUGCAUCUGCUGGACAAGGCCAACAGCUCAGUCCACAUCACGGCUUUCUACUUCACGCUGCGAGCCAAUGAUUUGGAGUUUGCUGACUCCUCUGACUCUCAGGGACAAAAGGUCUUUGAGCACCUGAAAAAACUUGAAUCCAAAGGUGUGGAACUUCAGAUUGCUGUCAACGCCCCCCAGACCUCAACCCAAGACACAGCAGAGCUGGCUGCAACAGGUGCAGAAGUCAGAGAAAUAGACCUCAAAGCUGUAACUGGAGGCAUCGUCCACACCAAGCUGUGGGUGGUGGACCAGAAGCACUUCUACCUGGGUAGUGCCAACAUGGACUGGCGCUCUCUAAGUCAGGUGAAGGAGGUGGGUCUGUCAGUGGAGGACUGCAGCUGCCUGGCUCAGGAUGCCUUUCGGAUCUUUGGGGUAUACUGGAGCAUCGGUGGUGCAAACAAUGGAUCCCUGCCCCCGUACUGGCCUGCUCGCCUCUCUGCUCUGUCCAGCUCCCAGAAUCCACUGCAUCUGAAGUUCAAUGGAGUACCUGCUGAAGUCUACCUGUCUAGUGCCCCUCCACAAAUCUCAGCCCGCGGCCGCUCUGAUGAUCUCUACACCAUCUUGUCCGUCAUCAACGACUCCCAGAAAUUCGUCUACAUCUCCGUCAUGGACUACCUUCCUCUGUCUGAGUUCACAAAGCCACUCAGGUUCUGGCCCACCAUCGACUCGGCCCUACGUGCUGCAGCCUGCACCAGAGGGGUGCAGGUCAGACUGAUGGUCAGCUGCUGGGAGCACUCGCCUGCCUCCAUGUUCCCCUUCCUGCAGUCCCUGCUGGUGCUCAACAGGCCUCCACUGAAAUGCGACAUUGAAAUAAAAAUCUUUACAGUGCCUUCAACAGCAGAGCAGAUGAAGAUCCCCUUUGCACGAGUCAAUCACGCCAAGUACAUGGUCACUGACAGAGUGGUCUAUAUAGGGACGUCCAACUGGUCAGAGAACUACUUCACCCAGACUGCUGGUGUGGGCCUGGUCGUGAAUCAGACGGGCUCAGAAGUAGGAAAAGGCCAGCAGACUCUGCAGAGCCAAGCAGAGGAGCUCUUCCUCAGAGACUGGAGGUCCCAGUAUGCCAGCACUCUCUCUGUUGACAAUGUGGACGUCUGCCCUCAUGGCCGACACUGAGGGUUUGCUGUUCAAUAAAGCACAUUGCAUUGUAGAUGAGCAUCUUGCUUGCUCCUGCCACUUGAACUUUAUUUUACUUGUUCAGAAAUCAGCUUGCUGUACUGUGUGAAUGAACGCAGUUUAUUUUUAUUGCCGUUUCCUGACUGCCUGCCUAUUUCUGUAUAUAAUUGCUAUUUUAUAUUUAGUUUCAGAACUUGUUAUUUUUAUACUCUUGUUUUGACAAUGUUUUGACAAUUUUCUUACCUGAGCUGAAGCGCAAGGGAACUCGCUUUGUACAAUUUAUUUUAUGCCUGGAGCAUUUUGUAUAUUUUCCUUAAAAAUGUCGGUGCCAAGCUUUAACAAACCCAUGCAGGAAAUUAAACAUUUCCAAAGAGGUGCAUACACCAUGGCCAUGUUUACGCUGCAGACGCUAUCAGCUGUUAAUAUUAAUGUGUGGUUAAACCAUUUGACAUGAUGUUAGUCCAACAGUACAAGAUUCUUGUAUAAAUACUGGCAAGUUUCAUUUUGUAACUGAUGGCUGGCUCACAAAGAAAUCCAAUCUGAAUGUUUACCUCAGUAGACAGAAAUAACUCUCUCAGUUAAGAGUGAGUGUGCUUUGCUUUCUGAUUGAAGUGUUUGUUCUGAAAAGAACCAUUUUCCUCAUCUGGAAUCUGUAUUACUGUAUUGAUCAUUACUGUGCUGUGUUCUCCGAUCAAUUUAUUACCAGGGUUAUCUGUUGUAUGCUUCUGUCAUCUCCGAACAUGUCGUUUUCAUCUCACACUGUUGGACUGUUAAACAAAGGGACCUCCUGGCUCUGGGUGGAACAGGGAACAUUUCAGUUGACCCCGGAAGACCCGAGCAGUUUACUGGAUGUCUCAAUAUAAAUAAAACCUGUUCCCCA